AUGCAUUUGGAAAUUUCAAAUUUAGAAAUGCUUACCCCCAUUAAUUCCUGCAAAUUGGAAUUGCCUCCUGAAACUAUCAGGAUUGUGCCUUCUCAAAAAGACGCUUCUUUUAUUUUUAGAGGUGGAUUUCAUUCGGAGACCAGCGAUCAAAGUGCAUUCAACUUACAGUAUUACUUUAAAAUACCAACACGUGUUUUAGUGUUGCCGUCUAAAUUUCAAUUUUGCUUUUGUAAUUUGCGAAUUGUGAAAAAUGCAACAUGGCCCGAGUUUUUUGUGCUAGCCAUUUUAGGUUAUGAAGUGUUUAGCGUAAACGUUGCAGCUAAUUACAAUCAGGUCACACCUUACAUUACUGAACGCUUUUAG